AAGCCCAUACUACGGGACACUCGUUUCUCAAGGCACCAUUGUAUUAUAUUAAAAAAAAAUCAUAAUUCUGGAACGUUAAUGGCACAGGUGGACACAGCAGAUGGGCCCCUGACAAACACAAAUGUCAGCACCUGGGAGAACACAAUCAUGAAGGAUCCAUCCACCCUUAUCAUUGUGGCUAUCAGUCCACGCUACAAGGCAGACAUUGAAAGCUGCGUUGUGAACACCCGCGGCGGUCUGCACACUAAAUACAUUUACUCCAUGAUGCAGCAUGAAUUUAUCCAACAGGGCAGCUUGAACUUCCGGUUCAUCCCUGUGCUCUUCCUCGAAGCCUCCCAGAAGGAUGUUCCGAGAUGGCUUCAGAACACGCGUGUCUACCGCUGGCCCCGGGACACGGAUGACCUGUUGCUGCGACUGUUAAGAGAGGAGAGAUUUGUUCCUCCUCCAGUGCCCGUGGAGCUCACCGUCUUCAUCACACCUGUGGUUGCCACACCUUAAAUCCAACUGUUGUAUCUUUAUAGAUGGGUCAUUACAGAAUCGGAGGACGGUUCAGGUACUGAUCAUUUUCUUAUCUCUUCAAGAGAAAAACAACAAUGAUUAUUAUUAUCCAGUAUGAUUUGAUUUGAUUUGUCUUUGAAUAUUUUGCUGUUUGGCGGAACAUUGUUCCAGAUACUUAGGCCACUGAAAAAAAAUAUAUACCUUGUAAAAUUUUGCUGAAUGUACUUUUUUUACAGCACAGUUCAGUUGCAUUUAACUUGAGUACCGGUACACUAAAAAAUCCUUUUAGCUGUAAAACCUCUGCCUCUGUAUUUUUUUUCCCUCUGUGGUUGACUAGUUGUUUGGCACACGCAGAUUCAACCUAUUUGCGGAAUUUUAUUUUAUUUUUUUUUUUGCUUUGUUCAAUAUUUCCUUGAAUAUGUUUUGUAAUUAAAAUGUAUUUUUUAGGAGGA